AUGAGCAAAAGUGCUAAUGAGGCAUAUGAGCUAUUAGAGGAGAUGGCGAUGAACAAUUACCAAUGGCCAAAUGAAAGGGGCCAGCCAAAGAAGGUGGCUGGAAUGAUGGAAGUGGAUGCCAUAACCAUGCUUACCGCUCAAGUAGCAGCCUUGACAAAGCAAUUGCAAAAGACCACACUACCCUCUCAAGCUAUGCAAGUUCAAAAAUCAUGUGAAGUGUGUGGGCCAAAGAAGAGUCAGUCAGUUGAAGGAGAGAAGAAGUUGGAUGAUAAAAAGGUUACUGAAGACCUUAAGGAAGAAGAGGAGACCCCACCUGUAACUAUUGAGCAUCAUGUUAGAGUUCCAUAUCCACAAAGACUUCGCAAGCAUAAUUUGGAUAAGCAGUUUGCAAAGUUUUUAGAGGUGUUCAAGAAGCUACACAUAAAUAUACCAUUUGCGGAAGCAUUGGAACAAAUGCCUAGCUAUGUAAAGUUUAUGAAGAAGAUUCUCUCAAAUAAGAGAAAAAUGGGUGAUUAUGAAACAGUGGCAUUAACAGAAGAAUGCAUCGCAAUUUUGCAACGAAAGCUUCCUCAAAAGUUGAGAGAUCCUGGGAGUUUUACCAUUCCAUGCACUAUUGGGGAGUUCGAAUGUAAGCAUGCCCUAUGUGAUUUGGGGGCGAGUAUUAAUUUAAUGCCUUUGUCUGUAUUCCGAAGGCUUGGUUUGGGGGAAGCUAGGCCAACUACAGUAACAUUACAGCUGGCUGAUAGAUCUGUGAAGCAUCCUCGUGCUAUUAUAGAAGAUGUGUUGGGAGAGUUGAAGCUGAGAGUUCAAGGGGAGGAAGUAGUAUUUAAUGUGUUUAAGGCUAUGACUUAUCCUAAAACAAGUGAUAGUUGUUUCUCUGUUGAUGUGGUCGAGGAAGUAGUGGAAAGAAAAACAUUAAGGGAGGAUCCUCUUGAGUUGAGUCUCACAGUUGAUGAUGUAGAUGGUGAGGAGAAUGAAGAGGUUUUACCAGACCACCUUCGUUAUGCUUAUCUUGGGGAGAAAGAGACUCUUCCAGUUAUAGUCUCAUCAUUUCUUUCGGAAGUAGAGGAGGAGAAAUUGUUGAGGGUGUUACGGGCUCAUAAAACUGCUAUAGGGUGGACUUUGGCUGAUAUAAGAGGAAUUAGUCCAUCGACAGUCAUGCAUAGAAUUCUGAUGGAAGAUGAGGUGAAACCGACUAUUGAUGCUCAAAGAAGGCUUAAUCCAACAAUGAAAGAAGUGGUGAGGAAAGAGAUUUUGAAGUGGUUGGAUGCUGGGGUGAUUUACCCAAUUUCUGAUAGUGCUUGGAUCGUAAUUGCACCGGAGGAUCAAGAAAAGACAACUUUUAUGUGUCCUUAUGGGACUUUUGCUUUUCGGAGGAUGCCAUUCGGAUGUUUGACGAAUUUGGAGAUGGUGUUGAGAAGGUGUGAGGAGUCGCAUUUGGUGCUUAAUUGGGAAAAGUGCCACUUUAUGGUUAGUGAAGGCAUUGUAUUGGGGCACAAAAUUUCUAAGAAAGGAAUUGAAGUAGAUCGGGCCAAGAUUUCUACUAUAGAGAAUUUGCCACCACCAAUUUCAGUUAAAGGAGUGAGGAGUUUCUUGGGCCAUGCGGGGUUUUAUAGGAGAUUUAUCAAAGACUUCUCAAAGAUCUCAAAGCCGUUGUCUAACUUGUUGAUGAAUGGGGUUCCUUUUGAUCUUAAUGAUGAUUGUUUGGUUGCUUUCAAGACUCUCAAAGAGAAGCUCAUUUCAGUGCCAAUAGUAUGUACUCCUAAUUGGGACCUUCCAUUUGAGCUUAUGUGCGAUGCUAGUGAUUAUGCAGUUGGAGCGUUUGAUGUGGAAAUUAAGGAUAAGAAGGGUACUGAGAACUUGGUGGCUGAUCAUCUGUCUCGUUUAGAGGUUGGGGUAAAUUCUCUUAAUAAAGAAGUUCAGAUUAAUGAUGUUUUUCCGGAUGAGCAGUUGUUCGAAGUGAAUGUUGGUAAGGAGGUUCCAUGGUUUGCAGACUAUGUAAAUUAUUUGGCUGCAAAGGUUAUACCCCCUGAAAUGACAAGAUGUGUGCCUGAGGAGGAGAUGUUGUCAAUCUUAACUCACUGUCAUAGUUUGCAUUGCGGUGGUCAUUUUGGCGGAACAAGAACAGCAGCGAAAGUUUUGCAAAGUGGGUUUUACUGGCCUACAUUAUUUAAGGAUGCUAAUGAUUUUGUCAAAAGUUGUGACCGUUGUCAACGGACUAGGAACAUAUCAAGAAGAGAUCAAAUGCCGAUGACCGCAACUCCUACUUGUGAUGGGAAGGAAGUUAUUAAAUUCCUUCAUAAAAAUAUCUUCACUCGAUUUGGUACUCCAAGAGCUAUUAUUAGUGAUCGGGGAAGUCAUUUUUGCAAUGUGUGGUUCACCGCUCUUUGUGCUCGUUAUGGUGUUCAUCAUCGCAAGGCAUUAUUUUAUCACCCAAUUGCAAAUGGCCAAGCUGCAGUAUCGAAUAGAGAAAUAAAAGGUAUCUUGGAAAAGACAGCUUGCCAUCUACCGGUGGAAUUGGAGCAUAGAGCCUUUUGGGCUGUGAAAAAGCUGAAUGUUGAUCUCUUCAUGGCGGGGCAGAAUAGGCUUAUGGAGUUAAAUGAACUUGAGGAAUUCCGAAAUGAAGCUUAUGAGAAUGCGAAGAUAUAUAAGGAGAAAUCGAAGGCUUUUCAUGAUAAGAGAAUAUUGAGGAAGGAUUUUCAACCAGGGGAUAAAGUUUUGCUCUUUAAUUCUAGGCUUAAACUUUUUCCUGGAAAAUUGAAGUCAAGAUGGUCUGGACCGUAUACGGUAGUCUUUUCACUUCCUUAUGGAGCAGUAAAAGUUCAUAGUGAAAAGACGGGAGAUUUUAAGGUGAACGGACAGAGAUUGAAGCAUUACUUGGAGGGACCGGUGGAGACAUGUAGGAUCGUGGUCGGGUUGGAAUUGAUUUGA